AUGGCAACGCUGGCUUUGCGCGCUCAACACGCUACAAGUGGUCCUGCCAACAUCCCCUUUGCGACCAGCUCUAGCAUGGCAUCAGAGCAGGUGGCGCAAGCUCGCCCCAAUCAUGACGGCAACGCCAUCUCGGAAGCUCACCCUGGGCACAGCCUCUUCGACGCAUCCGAGACCCGCUUCCUGACCGACAGCUUGAGCAGCGCCGACACUUUUGAUCCAUUCACCAUUGGCGCUCCAGGUUUCAAGGUUCCCUCUGUGCUUCCUCCCAAUCUCGGCGGCAUGGGCGCACCUCCCAGGGGCGCGAACCCAAACGGUGGCUCUUAUCAAGCGAGCAUGCCAACGUCAGCCACCGCUGGGCCAUCCAACUACUACACCAUGCCUUCAGCCAGCGCACAAGCAAGCUCUUCACAGCCGCGCGCUUCCAUGGGUUUGGCUGGUCAGAAUUGGGAAAAGUCGGCGCACAGACCCAGCCUCUUCGAUCCUCAAUGGCUGAAUGCAACUGCUGCAGCCAAUGGCGGCAAUAGCAGUGCAGAGCGCAGCAGCUUCUCGAGCGCAGGUCAGAGCAUGGGUAUGGCGAGCGGCGGUGAGGGAAGCAAAGCGGGCGAGGGUAGUGGCAGCGGCAGCAACACACCCGUGGGAUCCGGACAGCGGGGUGCUUACGGCAAAGAUCGCGCCUGGCAGUUGGAGCAGUUGGAAGCUCUGCAAGCCGAAAGGGACAAGUACUUGGCGCACGCCCGGUCUGGCAGCGCAAGUCAGGCGCAUACCCCGCAGAUCAGCAGACAUCCCAUCUAUCAGCUGAAUGCUGGACAACAAGCGCCAUAUGCUGGCGAUGGCAGCGAUGGCGUUCCGGAUUACCCUCCCGGCCCCCACGGCCAAGCUUAUGCCGCUGCACUGGCCAAAUACGGUGUGCAGCCUCCUUCGCAUUUUGGCGCGACGGCCUCCGCACCUGGCGGGUAUGUACCGCAAGCCAGCGGGCCCUCACAUCCAGCAGGCCCGCAUUUUCAACCCGCACCGGGAGGGGCUUCGUUCGUGGGAGGUCAAGCGCACUCCUACAAUGCGCCUCCUGGAUCGCAGCACAUGUGGCCACAACGUUCAGGCUCGGACUCGGGCCGACAGCCUUCCAAUCUGGGCAUGUUGGGCUUAUCCUUCCCUUCGACGCACUCAUUCCCUGCAGCUCCAGGACAAGCAGCACCAGCCUCCGCGCAGCAUUUUCACCCCUCUGAACAGGGCGCACAAAGCUGGCAAUCUGGGACGCCAAACAGAUCAACCAGCUUGCAUCGGGCUGGCGCAGGAGCAGCUGUAUCCACGCAUGCUUUGCCGGGUAGUAAGUCAAAUGAGAUUGCAGAGUCGGCUGGCGGUCAACCAAGGGGACGAAGCAGCGAAGUCAAGGGCUCACAGAGAGAGGCGCAAUCAUCAGACUCUUUUGCAAAGAGAGCGCAAGCUUUCCUCGAGAGUUCCCCGAGCCGUGCGGCCCCACCUGCGCCCAUGCCACCGCCAGUCAGCAUCGAUGUGCAAAAAGGCUUGGAGUCGAUUCCGUCUACUUUACGCGCGACUUUUCAUUCGACGCCCUUUGAGAAGCUCCAGCCGCAUCUUGAGAUGCUUCGGGAACAGAGGAGAGCGGGACUUUUGAAGAAGUGCGAUUCCAAGCGGCCUGGAGGCAGCGCAGAGGUGGAUGCAGAUGAAGAGGGCGGUCCGAGCAAGGCGAGCAGCUCGGCCGCGGCGUCAGCGGCAAAGAAGGAAAAGGGCGCGCCGCACGUCUUGCUGACAGAUGCGGAAAAGAAGGCCAAUCACAUCGCGUCGGAGCAAAAGAGGCGCGCGAAUAUCAGGAAAGGUUACGAGAUGCUUUGUGAUCUGGUGCCUAACCUCAGAGAAGCGUUGGGUGCGGAGGCGAGCGCUGCUGCUGCUGCUGAAAAGAGCAGAGAUGGCUCCAGCAUGGACACCGACCCAUCGCCUGCUCCUGCUGCCAGCAAGAAAAAGGAAGGUUGGGAAGUGGGUGGAGAAAAGAUUGAUGGGAGGGCAGGACCGCGCAGCGAAGCCAUCGUCUUGCACGAAACCGUCGAAUACGUCAGACAACGCUUGGAAGAGCAUCAAGCUUUGGUCAUUCGACAGCAGGCUGCUCGAAAAGCUGUGGCCGCCAGGUAUGGCGCGGACAUUUCCAUAGCGAUUUCCCAAACCAGGUCCGAGCAGCCCGCUGCGCCCAAGAGCAAAUCGAAAAAGGCCAAAAGCUAG